AUGUUUGUUCUGAUCCAGACGAUCAAGGAGAACGCACACACUUUUCUAGACAAGGAGGUGGAGAAGCUCUGGAGGGUUCUCUUCCCAGAUUACCCACAAUGCUCAGGGAGCCAGAGGCAGAAGGAGAAGGAGGUGGAUGGUGAGGAAGAGGAGCAGAGGAGGCGCGCCAUAGAGGGAGUGGAAGACAUCACACUGCUCUGCAUGAAGCAGUUGAAGCUGGAGGAGCUGGCCGACAAACUAAGGAGCAAAAGUGUUGCUGCUGAGUGCCAACAUAAAAUGAAGUCUCUUCUGAAGAAGAAGACCAAGUGUGUGUUUGAGGGAAUCGCUAUAGCAGGAGAGCCAAGACCUCUGAAUGAGAUCUACACAGAGCUCUACAUCACAGAGGGAGGCAGUGGAGAGGUCAACAAGGAACAUGAGGUCAGACAGAUUGAAACAGCCUCCAGGAAACCAGCCAGGGAAGAAAAACCAAUCAGAUGUGAAGACAUCCUUAAGCCCUUACCUGGAAAAGAUAAUCCAAUCAGAAUAAUAAUGACAACUGGAGUGGCCGGCAUUGGUAAAACAGUCUUAACGAACAAGUUCAUUCUGGACUGGGCUGAAGGCAAAACCAACCACAACAUACACUUCACAUUUCCCUUCAGUUUCAGGGAGCUGAAUUUACUGAAGGAUACACCGUUUAGCUUGGUGAAAAUUCUUCAUUACUUCUUUGAGGAAACCAAAAUAGCAAAAAUAUCCAGAUACGACUGGUUCAAAGUUGUCUUCAUCUUGGAUGGUCUGGAUGAGUGUCGACUUCCUCUGGACUUCGAGAAAAACCCGAUCUGUAAUGACAUCACAGAGUCCAACUCGGUGGACGUACUGCUGACAAACCUCAUCAUUGGCAACCUGCUUCCCUCUGCUCGCAUCUGGAUAACCACACGCCCUGCGGCAGCCAAUCAGAUCCCUGCUAAGUUUGUUGGCAUGAUGACAGAGGUGAGAGGGUUCACCGACCCACAGAAGGAGGAGUAUUUCAGGAAGAGAUUCAGAGGCGAGAAGUUGGCCAGCAAAAUCAUCUCCCACGUCAAGACAUCACGAAGCCUCCACAUCAUGUGUCACAUCCCACUCUUCUGUUGGAUCACGGCUACAGUUCUGAAAGACUUCAUCAAAAAAAACCAGAGAGGAGAAGAGGUACCCAAGACUGUGACUCAGAUGUACAUCCACUUCCUAAGGGUUCAGUCCAUACAGGGGGACAGGAAGUAUCACUGGGGAGCUGAUACCGAUUCACACUGUAGUUCAGAGUGCAGGAAGAUCAUUGUUUCUCUGGGAAAACUGUCUUUUAACCAGCUGGAGAAAGGCAACCUGAUCUUCUACGAGGCAGACCUGGCAGAGUGUGACAUCGAUAUCAGAGCAGCCUCAGAAUACACAGGAAUGUUCACCCAAAUCUUUAAAGAGGAGUGUGGGCUGUACCAGGACAAGGUGUUUUGCUUUGUCCAUCUGAGCAUCCAGGAGUUUCUGGCUGCCCUUUAUGUCUUCCUGACCUUCAUCGAGACUGGUGUAAAUCUGCUCUCAAAAGAACCACUUACCUGGUGGUCUACUUUCUUUGGAAAUAAGUCUGAUAAACUCUACCAGAGUGCUGUGGACAAGGCCUUAAAGAGUGAGAAUGGACACCUUGACUUGUUUCUCCGCUUCCUCCUGGGCCUCUCUCUGGAGACCAAUCAGAAUCUCAUACGUGCUCUGCUGGGACAGUUAGGUAGUUAUGCAUGUACCAAUCAGGGAACAGUGAAAUACCUCAAGAAGAAAAUAAGUGGAGAUCUCUCUCCAGAGAGGAGCAUCAAUCUGUUCCACUGUUUGAAUGAGCUGAAUGACCGUUCUCUAGUGGAGGAGAUCCAACAGUACCUGACAUCAGGAAGACUCUCCAGAGAAUCUCUAACCACUGCUCAGUGGUCAGCUCUGGUCUUCAUCUUACUGUCAUCAGAGGAGGAGCUGGAAGUGUUUGACCUGAAGGAAUACUCAGCUUCAGAGGAGGCUCUUCUGAGGCUGCUGCCAGUGGCCAAAGCCUCCAAAACAUCUCUGCUGAAUGGCUGUAAUCUGUCAGAGAGAUGCUGUGAAUGUCUGGCCUCAGUUCUCAGCUCCAACUCCUCCAGUCUGAGAAAUCUAGACCUCAGUACCAAUGAUCUGCAGGAUUCAGGAGUGAAGCUGCUCUCUGCUGGACUGGGGAGUCCACACUGUACACUGGAAACUCUCAGGUUGUCUGGCUGCCUGGUCACACAGGAAGGCUGUGCUUCUCUGGCCUCAGCUCUGAGCUCCAACCCCUCCCAUCUGAGAGAGCUGGACCUGAGCUACAAUCACCCAGACUCAGGAUCUAUGCUGCUCUCUGCUCUAGUGGAAAAUCCACGCUGGAAACUGAACACUCUCAGUGUGGAGCACGGUGGAAAGUUGAGGCUGAAACCAUCUCUAAAGAAGUAUGCCUGUAGACUCACACUGGACCCAAACACAGCCCAAAGAGAACUCUCUCUGUCUGAGAACGACAGAAAGGGGACGCGGGGGAUAGAAAAGCAUAUCAUAUCAAGAUAUCAAGAGCACCGAGAGAGAUUUAUAUCCCAGUACCAGGUGUUGUGUAGAGAGGCUCUGACUGGCCGCUGUUACUGGGAGGUAGAGUGGGAGGGAGGUGUUUCUAUAGGAUUGACAUACAGAGGAAUCACAAGGAGAGGAGGGGGUGGUAACAGUAGGCUUGGAGGGAACAACAAGUCCCGGAGUCUUUGUUGUGAGGAUGACCAUUACUAUGCCCAGCACAACGAUAUAACAACAUCCAUACGUCUCCGCCCCGAUGGCUCCACCAGAGUAGGAGUGUAUCUGGACCGGCCUGCUGGCUCUCUGACCUUCUACAGAGUGUCCCCAGGUGGAGGAGGGUCCUCAGACACACUGACACACCUCCACACCUUCUGGUCCUCC